CUACACAAUAUGGUGUGCGACAAGACACCAUUGCUCUUGCUAGCAGCCAGACACAGAUCCUCCGAACUUGGAUCUCCAACUCCAUCUCCCAAAUCCCAAGCUCAUCAUUUCGCAGAGUGCACCAUUCUUCUUCAAAUUCUUCCCAAACCAAACCUUCAAUCAUCACAUUCUCACCACUCUUCACUCCAAUCAGCAUCAUCAUUUCUACUCAAAACAUCGAUCCAAUGAUUCCAUUACUUCAUCACACUCACUAUUCACGUAAGUUCCACAAUUUCCCCUUUUCGAAAUGAUAAAAAAGAAGCAUUUUUUAUACAAUGAGCAAUUACCCUUUUGGAUCCCAAAGCCUCAAAUCGUUUCACGCAUACCCAAGAAGUGAUUUCGAUUUAGAAUCAGGAAUUCCCAUCAAACGAACCAGAAAACCUAAAAAUUCACCUCUUCUAAACCUCUUCAGAAUGGUCAAAUCGUUUGGGAACCGUUUCCUUCACUAUUUCAAGCUUCACCCUCUCACCGUUGUGUUCAUAUUAGCAUUGUCUUUUGGGGUCACACUAAUUGUGUUUCUCUCUUUCCGUGGAACCCAGUUAAGUAAUGGGAGUGUUUAUGCUAGGGUUGAUGAUGCUUCGGGUUUGGAUGAUUACCCUUUCCCCAAGCUUCGGAAUUUGGUGAUGGUUGCUGGGCAUUCUAUUUACACGAGCAGCAGUUGUGGGAGGAUUGAAAAGGAGGAUUCUUGGUUUUUGGAGUCUUAUCAGAGGAAUCCCGGUCAGGCUGCCACUUUCGUGACGCAUAUUCGCGAGGGGGUUGAGAUUGCGGCUAAGGAUGAGGCUGCUUUGCUUCUCUUCAGUGGUGGGGAGACUAGGAAAGACGCUGGCCCUCGCAGCGAGGGGCAGAGUUACUGGGCUGUCGCGGAUUCGAAAGGAUGGUUUGGUAAGGAAGAAAGUGUGAAAUGGAGAGCACUUACAGAGGAGCAUGCAAGGGACAGCUUUGAAAAUCUUCUAUUUAGUGUCUGUCGUUUCCGAGAGCUUACAGGCGCCUAUCCCCAAAAUAUAACUGUUGUAAGUUACGAUUUCAAGGAAGAAAGAUUUGCACAUCUACAUCGAUCCGCAAUGGGCUUUCCAGAGUCAAGGUUCUUCUAUGCUGGCACUCCUGCUACAUCAAAUGCAAAAGCUGCUGCUCUUAAAGGUGAAGAAUUAGUGAGAACUCAAUUCCUAAGAGAUCCAUAUGGAUGUCGAGGUUCACUAUAUCACAAGAAACUAAAGCGUGACCCUUUUCAUCGGUCAAUUCCUUAUCCUAAUGGGUGUCCUGAAAUUGCCGCUUUAUUUAGAUAUUGUGGACCAACUACUUAUACUGGUGCACUCCCAUGGGCAUAGUCACCCUGGCUCGGUCAAAUUAUACAUGUGUAAACUAACAAAGUAGAGAUAUUAGAUACAAAUCACACUGACUUGACACUGCAUGAAUUUGUUUAAGAUUAAAUUUGUUUACUGAGAUGGAAAUGAUAAUGUGAAUUGAUUAGAAGCUUAUUAAGGUUGUGUUGUGGUUUGUUGAAAACUUAGGAGUACUCAAAAAUUGAAGGUUGAAUGAGAUAUCUGGCAUUUGCCUUGAGAGACGCAUUUUGUUACAA